CCCACCCGUAUCACGGAGCGGCGGAAGUUAGGCAGUAGUGUUGGAGUGUUGCAGCGUGUUUGAGUCAGGAACGAUGGCGGAUUCAUUAACUCUCUUCACAUCUAUAGGGCUAAGUGAGCAAAAAGCUAAAGAGACUCUAAAAAAUGAGUCUCUUAGCUCGAUGCUUAAGGAGGCAAUCAACCUGGCUCAGAGAGUGUUGGGUGCCAAAAGUGUGGACAAAGCCAUUGGAACACUGUUAUACAGCAUGACCUCCCGACUGAAGUACCCUCAGCAUCUGGCCUUCCUCACCGAGCAGAUCGCCCUUUGCAGAAUCUUUACAGAGCUGCAACUUUCAGCUGCUCUUGACUUUGUGAAGAACCAUCCCCAGGAACCAAUCAAUAAGCAGGAGUUUGAGAAAGCAUGUGGUGUAGGCGUCGUCAUUACUCCUGAGCAGAUUGAGGACUCGGUCGAAAUGGUAAUUAAGAAGCACAAAGAUCAACUGAUGAAGGAGAGGUAUCACUAUAACAUGGGACUACUGAUGGGCGAGGUUCGAGCUGCCCUGAAGUGGGCUGAUGGGAAGAUCAUAAAGAAUGAGGUGGAUAUGCAGGUUCUCCAGCUCCUGGGACCAAAAACAGAAGCUGACUUGGAAAAGAAGCCCAAGGCUCCUAAACAGAAGAGCCCUGGGAAUGAGAAUAAAGAGGCGGUGGCUGAGAAUGGGGAGAUAAAAGUGGAGGGUAGGUCACUAAUGGAGCAACUUCGAGGAGAAGCCCUGAAGUUUCACAAGACAGGUGAGAAUUAUAAGACGGAAGGGUAUGUAGUGACUCCCAACACCAUGAAAUUGUUGAAGGAACACCUGGACAUCACAGGAGGGCAGGUUCGGGCACGUUUCCCUCCAGAACCCAAUGGUAUUUUGCACAUUGGUCAUGCCAAAGCUAUCAACUUCAAUUUUGGAUUUGCUAAGGCCAACAAUGGGAUCUGCUUCCUGCGUUAUGAUGACACCAACCCAGAGAAGGAGGAGGAGAAGUACUUCUCGGCCAUCAGGGACAUGGUGGAAUGGCUUGGUUACAAGCCAUACAAAGUGACCCAUGCAUCCGACCACUUCCAAAAGCUGUAUGAGUGGGCAGUGGACCUCAUUCGCAGAGGUCAUGCUUAUGUGUGCCACCAACGCGGGGAGGAACUGAAGGGUCACAACCCUCCCCCUUCUCCCUGGCGGGACCGUCCCAUUGAGGAGUCCCUGUUGCUGUUUGAGAGAAUGAAGAAGGGCUUGUUUGCUGAGGGGGAGGCCACCCUUAGGAUGAAGAUGGUCAUGGAGGACGGGAAGAUGGAUCCUGUGGCGUACCGCAUCAAAUACACGCCCCACCAUUGCACAGGAGACACAUGGUGCAUCUAUCCUACCUAUGACUACACCCACUGCCUAUGCGAUUCCAUUGAGCAGAUCACACACUCGUUGUGCACCAAGGAAUUCCAAGCAAGGCGUUCCUCUUAUUAUUGGCUGUGUAACGCCCUGGAUGUGUACUGCCCGGUGCAGUGGGAAUACGGCCGCCUCAAUCUCACCUACACGGUUGUCUCCAAGAGGAAGAUCAUCAAACUGGUGGAGUCUGGUGCUGUGAGGGACUGGGAUGACCCUCGACUCUUCACACUGACUGCUCUAAGGAGGAGAGGAUUUCCCCCAGAGGCCAUCAACAAUUUCUGUGCUCGGGUUGGAGUGACUGUUUCCCAGACAACAACGGAGCCACACCUCUUGGAAGCAUGUGUGAGGGAGGUGUUGAAUGACCAGGCUCCUCGUGCCAUGGCGGUCUUGGAACCACUCAAAAUUACCAUCACCAACAUGCCUUCUACAACACAGGUGGAGGUUCGUAUCCCAGACUUCCCAGCAAAUGAGGAACGGGGCAGCCACACUGUUCCAUUUGCACACACCAUCUACAUCGAGCGAAGUGACUUCCGCGAGGUAAUGGAGAAGGGCUACAAGCGCUUGACUCCAGACCAGCCUGUGGGCCUGAGGCAUGCUGGAUAUGUCAUCACCCUGCAGAGGGUCAUCAAAGAUGCCAGCGGGAAGGUAGUAGAGCUGGAGGUCAGCUGUACCAGUUCUGAUGUAGCGGAGAAACCAAAGGCCUUCAUCCACUGGGUCAGCCAGCCCUUGCAAUGUGAAGUGCGGCUUUAUGAAAGACUAUUUCUCCACAAGAAUCCAGAAGACCCGUCAGAGGUCCCUGGAGGCUUCCUGAGUGAUGUCAACCCCAAUUCCAUGCAAGUGAUUCCUGAUGCCUUGGUAGAUCAGUCAGUGGCUGGGUCAAAGAUUUUUGACAAGUUCCAAUUUGAGAGAAUUGGCUACUUCUCAGUGGAUCCUGACAGCACUAAAGAGAAGCUGGUUUUUAACAGGACAGUCACAUUGAAGGAAGAUCCUGGAAAGAUCUGAUUUGACAUGUGAAGCCAUAUCCCAGGACAUCCCGUAUCCAUGACCCCUCUGGUGUGAUUGCUGGUGACAGUUGCAACCGGUUCAGAAUUUCCUGCUUAAAAAUAUUAUAUCCUCUUGCAAGUAUAUGGGAUUUUGCAAACUGAAAUGACAAGCUCGUAAUUUUUAAAUUGGUAAUAAAAGAAAUGUAAUGUAAAA